AUGUCGCAUGCGCAUAAUCCUGUGAGUCUGCAGACUGACACGAAAUACAAGCAAGAACAAAGCACGGUCAAUAUGGUGACUUGGCCAAUUCCAAUAUCAUCUGGAAGCUCCUUCACUUUAGCUGAUUUACCAUAUGGCAUCUUCAGCACUUCGCAUAGUGCAGAUAAGCGGAUAGGAGUAGCCAUUGGUGACUUCAUUCUCGAUCUUUCUUCCAUUGAAGUCUCGUAUGGCUUCAAGUCCAUCCCGAAAGAUCAUGAGAACGGCAGAUUUAUUUUCCAGUAUGGGGAUCUAAGCAACUUUGCUGCCCUUCCAGCUUCUACGCGAAAGCAGCUCCGUCGGGAACUCAUUGACUGGCUCAAUGAUCGAAAUUCGCCCUUCUUUCAGGAUGCCACAUUGAAUAAGUUUGCUUUCGUGCCCAUGAAGGACGCGACUAUGCAUUUGCCUUUUAAGAUUGGAGGAUUUGCUGACUUCAUGUGCUCGGAUGUCCAUGUUACCAACUGUAGCAGAUUGGCGGGUGCUCCGAUUCCAUUAAACCAUUAUGCUAUGCCCAUAGGCUACAAUGGCCGGGCUUCUUCAGUCGUCGUCGAAUCGGUACCUGUCCAUCGGCCGUAUGGCAUUAUCAGAGACAGGGAAACCAACGAAUUCAAAUUUAAGCCCAGCGCAAUGAUGGACUAUGAAGCCGAACUGGGCAUCUUCAUCUCCCAGCCCGUUCCAGUUGGGAGAACAAUUACUGCUGAUGAGGCUGAGGACCAUAUCUUUGGUUUUGUUGUGUUGAAUGACUGGUCUGCAAGAGAUAUCCAGUUCUCCGAGAUGACACCACUUGGACCUUUUAAUGGCAAGGCUUUCGCAACUAGCAUUUCGCCUUGGGUGGUCCCACUUGAGGCUUUAGAGAGCGCACGAUGCACUUCGUCCUCGGUGGGUUUGUGUAGUGGUGGAUCAUCUGGCGCAGUGCAUUUGAGCCAUGGCAAGGCUGAAUCCACGUGGAAUAUUGAAAUUGAGGUUUCAGUUAUGAGAAACAAGUCUCCUAUACUGACGACUCGCUCGAAUCUCCGUGAUCUUCGCUGGUCACCCGGCCAGAUGGUUGCGCAUCUUGCUUCUUCAGGCUGCGGCUUGAAUACUGGUGACCUCCUAGGUACCGGUACCAUUUCAUCUCCUAAUGACUCUCUCACGCUCCGUACUCUUGGAUGCCUCUUCGAGCUGACAGAAUCUGGCAAAGUCCCUGUCAGCAAGCAGGAGGGGGUAAAUCUCACUUUCCUUGAGGAUGGAGAUGAGGUUGUCAUGACAGCAUGGACAACUGGAGGCGCCGUAAGUUUGGGAACACUGCGUUCCGAAUUGCAAACACCUAGAGAUAGUCGACCAGCGCCAUAG